AUGUCUGCAACGACAGAAGAUCUGUUCGCCAAGUAUCACGGGCACAUCGUACCGCGAGCUUUCAAUGGCGGCUUCAUUACACUGAGCUUCGCCGUCAGCUUGAUCGGUGCUGCCUCAACGCUUGAGUUGUUGAAUCGAAGAACUUCGCCCAAAGGGAAGUUCAACCAUUUGCUCUUGGUCAGCGCUGCCGUAACCAUGGGAGGAAUUGCAAUUUGGUGCAUGCAUUUCAUCGGAAACCGAGCAAUCGACUUGGCGGAUGGGGAGGCAGAGCUGCAAAUCGCCUACUCGAGUGGCUUUACGGCCUUGUCUUUCUUCGUCCCAAUUGCGGUCCUUCUCGCUGCGUUCGUCGCUGUCGGUAUCAACAAUACUGUAUCAUGGUGGCGAGUUGCCAUCGGAGGUGUCUUGGCUGGUGCCGCCAUAUGUGGGAUGCACUAUCUCGGCAACAACUCCAUCGACAAUUACAUCUGUAUUUACAACCCAGUAAACGUCAUCGGUGCAGCUCUCAUCGCUGUAGCAGCCAGUAUCGUGGCCUUGUCUCUCUUUUUUGUGUUUCGCGCGGCAUGGACGAACUCUUGGUGGAAGCGAGCUACAUGCGCCGUUGUAUUGGCUGGGGCUGUUUCGGGAAUGCAUUGGUGUGCAGCUACUGGCACAGAAUAUCAGCUUGUUCGUCUUAACACCGGCAGCAAUGAGCUUUCUCGCAACACUACUGUCAUCGUCGUUAUUUGCCUGUCUAUCGGCGCGUGCUUCAUCAUGGGCGGAACAGCCAUCUAUACAGCCAGGAUAAUGAGACGCUAUGCAAGUAAAGCUCAACAAGUUGUACUUGCCGCUGCCGUAUUUGACAGGCACAACCGAAUUCUUGUCAACCCUGACGGCCUGAUACCUACCGAGAAGAUCACCGACACGUUCCUGGAGAAGAACGCGAGCGACAACUUCAGCAUAUCCCACCCUCUUUUUCUGUGGAUGUUUCAAGCAUCCAGGAACUGGUCAGGUAUUUCGACGUUGGUUGGUGGAAUGAUGAACCACCUUGCGCACCUUCCUCGUCGAGGCCGGGACCGCGACUCUCGAGCUGGUAUCCAGCUGAUCAACGAGCACGGCGAGCUGAUUGAGAAUUAUGACGUGAUUUUUCGGGAGCUCUUUUGCGUUGCCGCCGCCGGCCUGGCUGAGAAGAUGAAGGAACACAUAACCUCCGCCGGUCUUCUGUGGGAUGAGAUUCUGCCAACAGGGGCAGGAGGGGAGCGUCCCGGACUGGAAGCGGAGUCGUCUCAAGAACCCGAUAUGAUCUUGAACCCCGACGGAACAGCCCGCAAGGUUGAAGCAUCUGGCAGGGCCGAAGACCUCGCUGAGAAGGGUCUCAGCCGUCGUCGUCCUCACGAAUUUGGUCGCGGUUCGCUUAUGUUCUUGGUACGCCGGGUCCAUACCGAUCGAGAAAUCGAAAGACUCGAGGCAGCUGGCUAUCGCUUCGCUGAACUGCGACAGGUCGGUAAUAUUAUCGGUUCCAGCAUGCAGAUCAAGUCACAAGAUCUCGAAUCAAAACUGCGGAACAUGGCUGCUUACGCAGACGACAACAGCCAACUCGAACCUGGCGUACACGUGGGCUUCUUUGGCAUUCGCGCUCGUGUCGGUGGUUAUGGGUUCGAUGUUUUGGUGCGCAAAGGUGCUCGGAACUUGCUCCCCAGCGUACAUAUACCCAUUGAUCAUAUCGAGCCGUGGCAGGUGGAUUUGCUCCGCCAGGUCGACCGCUUGACACCGCUCGGUGUCAGCAGACGGUUGGCAUCAUUGAGUAAUCUGGGCACCAGAGAGAUUCUCUUCGCACAACAGCUGACAGAUAGUAUCGACGCGCUUCGGACGUGGAUGAACGACUCGAUAUUUAACGAGGCGAUUUUGACAAGCACUGUGGUCAAUCUUCCAGGAAAUAAGGCAGAGGGGUCUCCGUCUCAGCCAACAAGCCUCAUCACCUUUCGCUUGGUGAUCCCAAUUCACGUCAACUUAUCCAGUAGCAAAUGCGAGUUCGUGCCGCUGAAUUUCUUCAAAGUCCACCAACUCGUUGGUCGCGGCGCGUCUCGGCACCUUGCAUUUACCCAAUCAGUACAUCGCGAGAUGGCACCCGUCAUCCAGUCCGUCCCAUUGGAAAAGCCCAAGCCUACAGUGCAGAGCAAGCGACAGUCUCGUCUGCCGUCCGCCCUGCGCAGGCUUGGACAGCUUGGGCAGUCAUACCCCGUCGACUCUGAAGGGAACCCGAUACCUACGGUGCUGAAUCGAUCAUCGUCGGCAACAAAUUCGCAUGGAUCGAGUUCGACGCUUAAGCUGUGGCCAGGACGCCGUAGCAGCGACGCCCUGUCACCAGGGGGCGGAAGCUUUGAUGCGCCCCCGGCAUACCCAACCCACGAAGCCGCAAUUCAGUCUUCGCCCUUUGGCGGCAUUAUGGUGAGCGAGGAAAUCCGGGUGGAGGUGCACUCGGCAGGAGAGGUCGCCCAGGCGGAAACUCAGGACAUAGACAAGACAAGCCGAAGGCCCCAAACACUGAUUGGUAGAAGGGCAAGUGACAACCCAUCAACGACGGGUGGCGGGAUCGGAAUCGGGAUUGGAGGCGAAACGGCGGCGCCCGCAAUGGAAGAGGCACGAGGCAAGGCCUCUUCUCAUAACGGUGGUGCGAUCGAGAUGAGGACGUUGCCAGUGGCAGAAAUAAGAACCAAAGUCCAUGCCGGGGGCGGCGUCCAGAUCUCUAAUGUCGAAGCGGAGAGAUCAAACGAUAUUCUCACGUUUGUCGAUGAGUUGUUCACGAUCUGUGUUGAGAGAAGUUGA